CGGGAGCCAAGGAUGAGCUCAGAGGUUCAGGGUGAUUUCUGUCGUUUUUCACCAUGUUGUGAUGCAUCCCUCUGGCACUAAGGUGACAGUGCUUUGAAGCCAGUGCAAUCAGAUAACGUCUUACAGUUCAUAGGAGCUUUUAUAUGUAUUAUGUAAGCUGUGGCUGCAUGUCUUAUAUCAAUAUUUAAAUGUGUCCAUGCAGUAUACACCUCCCUCCCUGCCUCACAAUAUUUCUAUGUCUGCAGGCAUCAUAUAAAUAGUUAUGUUUGUGCAUGAUGCAGCAGCUGGGGAAUACAUCCAGCUGUAAACAGAGAACAAAGUGCUCCUCUCUCUCCCUCCCUCUCCCUCUCCCUCUCUCUCUCUCUGUCUAUCCAUCUUUCUAUCUGUCCUCCUGACUGCAGUCUGCCUACAGUGCCACACUGCUGCUGCUGCUGCUGCUGCCCCUGUGUGAUACGAGCAAGUGGGAGGAACAGCUUCCUCUGUUUUGUCUAAAAAAAAAUGACAAGACAUCUUACUGGAAUUGCUGCAGCAGGGGUGGAUUUGGCUUCCAGCCUCCUGCAUUGCACAAUCUUUCCCCUCUGCUUGAACAGAUAAAUAAGACCAAAGAAGGAACGCUGGAAGACGAGGAGAAGGGGAGAGAAGCUACGGAGGAAAGGACAGAAAAGAGCCAUAGCAGGGUGAGGGGGUGUGGAGCAUAAUAGAUUAAAAAAAAAAAAAAGAGGGAGAGAAGUUGAAUGGCAGCGGAGGUAUGAGGAGAGAAAGGGAGGCAGGGGUAGACACGGGGAACAGAAGAUAGAGUGAGUUACACUGCAGUAGAAUGAGGGUUAGAGUGAAAGAGAGAGCCAAGAAGCAUUUGAGCUGCCAGCCUUUCGCUUUUGGAUCCGUCGCUUUCUGAAGAGGCAAGAAGAGGAAGCCACCGUGGAGGCGAGAAGGAGAAGGAGGAGGGGGGCUGAGGAGGAGGAAGCCAGAGGUUCUACACACAAGAUGGCUGCUGUGUCCUCUGCCUCUGACACUGGGGACCCCAGGGGCCGACACCCCCCUGAACGCAGACUACUGAUCCUGGGGGGGCCACAGUCUGGUAAGACCUCCACCGCCAACUCAAUCCUGGGGGAUGAGGUCUUCGACUCUGGGACAGAGACUACUCACAGCAACGUGGGCCAGACGGAGAUCUACGGCCGACGGGUGACUGUGGUAGACACCCCGCCGUGGGCCAUCCCCAGUGACCCGGACGACAACGCCGAAGCUGACAGCAACGACAAUGCUGGCGCCGAGUCGGACAACCAGCCACAGCCCCCGCCGAGCCUGGACAGCGAGGGGCCGUGCAUGGGAGCCAUUCUCUGCCCUCCUGGACCCCACGCCAUCCUGCUAGUGGUGUCCAUCACCCAGCCCUUCACUGACAUCCAGAGGAGGGCCGCAGAGGAGCAGCUGGGGGCCCUGGGUGGGGGGACAUGGAGGUACUCUAUGGUGGUCUUUACGGGGGUGGACAAGCUGCCCAAAGGUGUUUUCAUUGAGGAGCACAUAGCAAACACUGGAGAGGCCCUGCAGUGGCUGGUGGAGAGAUGUGGAAGCAGGUACCAUGCCUUUGAUAACACUCGCAAAGAAACAGAAGACAACACACAGGUACCUGAGCUGAUGGAGAAGGUGGAGGAGAUGAUCACUGACAACCAAGGCUGGUACUUUGAGGUGAAUGAGUUGAUUUUACUGGAGGAGGAGCAGGCCAGGAGAGCCCUGGAGGAGGAGAGGAUGAGGAUGGAGGAGCACGCCAGACAGCGGGAGCAAAUGAUUGGAGGACCUCCCAGAGAGUUGAGACUGCUGUUGUUGGGCUGGAAGGGCGUGGGAAAGAGCUCCGUGGGGAACUCCAUCCUGGGCCGGCGGUACUUUGAAUCAGGCCAGGAGACGGACCUGUGCCUUAGAAGGCAGGCGCUCGUAUCAGGCCGUCGGGUCACCAUCGUCGACACUCCGGGCUGGGAUUGGUUCUCGGUGAGGCGAACCCCGAAGCGCAUCCGCCAAGAGUCCCAGCGCGGAGCUGCCCUCCUGCGACCUGGACCCCACACCCUGCUGCUCGUCCUCCCAGUCGUCUCGUCGCUCACCGCCAGGAAGAGACGAACUCUCCUGGCUCACAUAGAGACUCUGUUUGGUGACAGCGCGUGCCUCCACACCAUGGUGCUGUUCAGCUGUGGUGAUUGGUUGGGCCGCACACCCAUCGAGGAACACAUUCUUAGAGGCGGGCGGGAGCUGCAAAGACUACUUGAAUACUGUGGGAACUAUUACCACGUCCUGGACAGUAAGACCCCUGGCAAGGACAGGAGUGUGUCAGUCCUGCUGGAUAAGAUAGAGGAGAUGAUCAGAGAGAACGGAGACAAGGCUUUCCUCCCCAUACAGACGGAGUGGUUGAGCGAGGAGAGUUCUUACUCUUCUGACAACACGGAGCCUGAAGAUGACUGUCGAGGAUGCCAGCUUCAGUGACACGAUCGCACCAGAAGGAAAGUGGUCCGGCUUUUCAUCCUCGUUCUGAGCCUUCAAUAGGCCCAAACAUCGCCUUGUGUAACUUAAACCUCAUCUAGAUAUCCGGCUCAGACUCUGCAGAGUUUUAGGGAAAACAAAUGGUUCGGAACAAGAGUCUCAUCGUGAGUAGCUCCUUUUGAAUGAAAUGUAAAGGCCGAAGUCACUGAGCAAAGCUCGACCUGGACUGAAAGUGAGCACGCCUGAGACUAAAUGCUCAAAACACUCCUCCUCAAAACCCAAGCGGAGGAGAAACAUUCUGCUUCUGCUUCAUGGGACCAGAGUUUGAUCCCUGUUCAUGAGCAUGUACACAGAUAUCCACUGCUGCUAAAGAGACCCUGUUUCAACACUGCAGAGUAAAGAAUUACUCGUCAUUGUAACUAUGUUAAGACCACACUAAUACCAGUUUAAAGUGUUAAAUCAAAACCAAAAGGCAUAUACUGAAGAUAUUCGUGUCUCAUGUCUGCAGUACGUUUGUCACUCUUAGUUAUUGGACGACAAAGAGGAAUAUCUCUGUGUCUGACUUGUACCAUGAAUUAGUCAUCCCCUUCUGCGUCACGUGCCAAUUCUGUCAGUCAGAUUGAAUUAGUAGUUCAAAAGUAAUGGUUUGAGUGGCAGAGACCAACUGAAUACCAAACCAUGGACAGACAGUAGGACAAAAGAUAAUAAUGCUGGAGUGUGUGCACACCAGUUUAAGAGUGAGUGGUUUUGUGAGUUGUGCACUCCGGUUACGUAGAUGUUACCGGUAUCGUUCACCCUCAGACAUGAAACUUUAUGAGCUUUCACACGAGUGAUGUUAAAAUUUUCUUCAUUAACAUUUGGUUAGUUUCUGCUCAGGGAGUCAGGGUUUAAAAUGCUUCCUCCAGGGCAAAAUCUGGUACAUUUACAGAAACGCUGAUUAAUGCCGAUCACUAAACUGCAUACGUAAGUCAAAUAUUAAUUCAAAAUGGAGGGUUUUCUGUAAGUAUUUGCUUUAGUUUGCUGGAAGUAAGAGAGAGCCAGUGUUUGCACUCUGGCUGGAAUUGGUUCCUUUGGUUAUCUUGUGCUAAAAAAAAAAUUAACUGGAUCCAUCUAAAGCAGUAAAUAUAGUCAUUCUUAGCCCACCUUCUGCUGUAGCAUUCAUACACAGGAGCAGCCCUAAAAACAGUAAGGAAAGGCUGUAUUGAAACUGUGUGCAGUCUCAGUUCCCUGCGGAGCUACUUGGACUGGCUCUGCUUCGCUGUUUGCGGUCAUGCAUCCAUUGCAUUUAUCGACAAGGUAGAUUCAGCUACGUGCCUCAGCAUCAAAGCGUGAGAGUGGGAGUACAGCCCUGCUGCGGGGCAGUAUCCCGUAGGCUACAUCGAGCUUUCGCAUGCUACAGAAACAACAUAACCUCAUGAACCAUACGGGCUCACAUAGGGCUUUUACUACCUUUUUCUACAUCACUGGGACAUCUGUUCCUGACAUCAAUAGGGAUGUUUUGAAAAAAUAAAAUAUAUAUAUUCAGCUCUCAGAGGCAUGUUAAGACACCGCAUGCAGAUAAACGAGUGCCUAUAGAGUUGAAGGCAACCUCACUUCUUAUUCCUCUGACUCUUGCUUGAGCAAGUCUGUGGGAACUUCUGGUAUGACAUCACAUCCCUCUACCUUUACGACUGCAAAAAAAAGUGGAAAAAAGCUAAUUCACGCUCUGAAAGGUACAAAUAAAAGCAUAUAUAAUAUGUGACCGAUACCACUGCCAUGCUGUAAAAUGUUAUUUUAUACAAAUGACGUAGCCUAUAAAAGAAAACCCCCCGACACUGCUUCCCCGUACGCUUUACUGACUCUGUGCUUCAUCUAGUGAUGUAGGCUACCGCAGCACUUCGUGUGACAAGCAUGACUUUACAAUUUGAUAUGAGGAUGUUUCAAACAUUCAUUUGGAGUCUUAGAGUCCCACUUCACCUGUGAAUAUAUUGUAUUAUCCGUGUAUAUUUACAGUGUAAAAUAUGUUACAUUGUACGCUUUUAGCGAAGCAUUUUGCACUGUGUAAGUUCUACCACUCUACCGUAGCCAAAGUGACGUUACUUCCUGUGUGGUCCGUCCUAAAUGGUGAUUGCAUCAUCAGUACUUAGCUCAUCCUCAGACAACAAUAAAAGAUAUGGAUAUAUUGUUGUGUA